AUGAAUGCUCAGAACAUCGUUUCGGCUUUGAGUGAUUUAAUUGCAAAUAAUUUAACCGUUACUCAACAGUCUCCGAUUACAUCACAGGAGCGACAAAUGGCCGAACAUCUAGCUGACACUGUUAAAUUAAUGGCCAAGAAUGAAGAGGAGAAAGAAUCCAUGCUGGAUGAGAAAGAAAUUGAAGAAAUGGAUGAAGAUUGGAAGGACAAAGAAUUAGCUUUAGAAAAAUAUAAUUUAAGAAGCUUUUCAGAAGAGUUUAUGCGUCAAGUUAUCGGUUUUGUUGAUCAUGCAGAUCCGGGAAAUAAACAUGAGAGAUCGUGGAAAGCCAUUCAUCACCGAUUUCGAACAAUCCCAGACAGAAGUUAUAGUCCACAUUUUCGAAAAUAUUUGGAACAUCAUGGAACAAAGCGACAGAAGACUCAAGAUCUGGACAGUUUAGUUUACAAAAAGUUAGUUGAUGCAAGACAAAAGAAGCUCGUUGUUCAUGAUUUGGAUAUCCAGCGAUGGGGUUUAAAGAUAGCUAAAGAAAUAACCCAUGUGGGAAAAAUCGCUUAA